AUGUCACAAGGACAAAAGGCAGCCGAUGAGAUCAAAGGGGGCUUCAAGGCAAUCGGUGAUCUUGGCGAGGGCAUUCGAAAGAAUGUCAACAGUUUCGCUGAUAAUCUCGCUGAUGGAAAGACACACGAGAGUACUGGCUUUUCCUCGGACGCAAAGGCUGCUGGCGAACAAGUCAACAAAGGGCUUGAGAAUGCAGGGAAAACAGGCAAUGUAACGACGGGAACCACUUAUACCAAAGAUACCAGCGGCUCGCAUUGA